AUGGAUGACAAAAAGAACGAAACAAAUGUUCACCCAGAUGGCGCUGUGUGGAACGCAGAACUUAUUCAACGUGUUGCUACGUUGGGGGUAAUAAUGGUAGCGACUUUAGUUGGUAACUUGAUGAUUGUAUUAGUUCUGUCUCGAUCUCGCUACCGGAAACGGUCCUCUAGAGUCAACAUUUUUAUUUUAAACCUAGCUAUUGGAGAUCUUGCCGUUUGUUGCAUCACCAUGACUUCGGAGAUGCUGUUUGAGGUGGAAAGCGGAGUAACAACAAGUGGCCGAGUGCGCUAUGAAUGCACGAGCAAAGGAUACACUUCGAUGUGGCAAAGAAAGCUUUACUUCACGUGGCUCACAGCUUAUAUUCUAAUUAUCCCAAGCACGUGCAUCAGCUACUGUUACGUAAACGUUCUUCGCUGUGUGUGGUUGGCGGGCCGAGAACAGGAUAACAACACUAGUGCCAUCUAUCUGCGACGUUCUGUAAGUGCCUCUUCUAUGUUUCCAAGAGCCAAAAUCAAGACCUUAAAGUUAACAAUAUGUAUUAUAGCCAGUUUUGUCAUUUGUUGGACACCCUAUUUUAUUGUCCACAACAUACGUAUUUACAGCAAUUACACCAUCAACGUACCAAAACCUAUCAUAAUUGGCGCAGAAACAUUGGCGCUACUGAACAGUGCUUUGAAUCCCAUAUUCUACGGAUAUUUCAAUGUUCGUGUCCGGAAGGGGUUCAUAGAAAUUGUCUACAGGAAGAAAGAUUUCUCAAGCUGUGUUGCUAUUAACCAGUCAGGAAGUAACCCCGUAGACUCAGAAACAGCGUAUAGCAACUCCUAUGUCCAGAACCAAAAUGGAACCCGAAAUAAAACUAUGGUUGUCACUUCAGAUGCUCACGUGAAUAGUCCAAACUCCCUGAGGAGGCACCGAGAAAGAAGCCAUCGCCAACAGAAGAAGAACAGUUAUGAUAGUACAAGAGUGUUUGGAGGAUGGAUACUGGGAUCCGUGGCUUGCAAGGUAAUUGUGUACGGUCAGAUUGUUACGCUCGCGAGCUCUACGUUCAUUUUGGCCUCCAUGAGCUACGACCGUUACCAAGCGAUCUGCCGACCACUUCGCUCACAAGGUGGCGUGACUCAAGCCAAAAGAAUGAUCAUGGCAUCGUGGGUCUUAGCUGGUAUCCUGGCCAUCCCUCAGCUCUUCAUAUUUGUUCAA